AUGAGUUUGCCCACGAGCGCUACUCCUUCAUCAGACUGGCGGACGCAAGAUACUGACGAGGCAAGAAGAAGAGGGAGGCCGCGCGCCAACACCUCCAAUUCCGCGAACCUUCCCAGUUACGGAAACGUGAAAUGGAACUUGAAGGACCGGCCUACGGAGUCGCCGAAGCGUAGGGAAAGCGACUCGGACGCAGAUAACGGAAAUGAGGACGAACUCGAGGCUAUAGAGGGCGAUGUGUUUGGGGACUCGGACGAGGACCUGGACGAGGACCGCUCUCAGCAGCAGUCAGUAGCGAGCUAUAGGCACUCGGCUGGGAACCUGCCAACUACCGCUCGGUCUCCAGUUCGGUCAGAUACAGAUUGGACCCAACAUCCGGUGUGGAAAUACAACAUCACCGUGAUACUGGAAAACAAAUGGGUCAAGCGCUUGUUCUUGGCCGCCCUCCUUAUAUCGGUGAUCACGAUGUGCCUCGGAACUGUGGAUGCGAUUCUGAGAGAUCCGGCUCUAGUCACGCUGGUAUAUGGAAUCGAAGCCACAUGUCUGUCGUCUUUUACGGUCGAAUUACUACUUCGAUGGGCCGCAGCGACGAAUAUUCGACAAAUAUUCAGCAUCCAACGCCUUAUCGAUGUAUUGACAGUACUGCCUUUUUACAUCGAUGUUGUCCGCGCGAUUCACACUCACCGUGCUCUGCCGGAAACUGCGUACGCAAUCGAAACCGGGGCCUGGGUGCGAAUUUUGGAUCUCGUAAAGCUCUUAAGAUUAUUCCGAUUCUUUCCCAAGAGCAGCAAGUUGAUGUUGAUGUGGCGCGCAUUCUCACAAUCAUUGGAAGGUCUUUGGGUCCUGUUCCUCUCCCUCCCGCUUCUCAUCAUCACGUUUUCCACGAUGAUAUUCUAUGCGGAGCAAACUGCGGAAUUCUGGGAUGAAAAUGCCCGAUUAUGGUUUUAUGAACAUUCUGAGCCUUUGAAAGUUUCGCCGUUCCAAUCAAUCCCCGAAUGCUUCUGGUUCGUAAUAGUGACGCUGACGACCAUUGGAUAUGGCGAUGUGGUUCCGGCAACGUUCCCUGGACGAUUAAUUGCUGGAGCUUUGAUGAUCAUGUAA